AUAGCGGGACGGAUGUACGGAUACCGGUACUGCGACUACGACUGCACGGGUACCACUAUUGUUGGUUGCUUUGACCACAUGAUUCAAGACCGUUCCAUCAUUCAAUCUGUUUCAAAGCAAUGGCGACGUAAAAUUCCUACCGCUAGUAGCUAGCUAGGAACAAUUGUUGGGCUGUGCGCUUGCACCGUACGGUACGGUAUCGGUACCGUACAGCCGCUAAAGUGCUCAAGACGGACCUCUACUCAGUAUUGUCUGCCUUUGGACUCAGACGAAUGAGGAACUAAACGACAUACUCCGAGUACCGGUAGGUACAAAAGGCGUGGCUACACUCCUUGGGGGGAAAGCUUUUGGCGUCUCUGGCGUCAAAAGCAACGGAACAAAAAAAAAAGACUCAAGUACCUCCAUUGCAGCCAUCCACUGCACCUCUGCCCAACAAGUAGGGUUAUGGCAGCAGGGAAUGGUUGCAUUAUUCAAUCAUUCGAAUCCGUGUGCUCCCCUCGAGCUCAGUUUAAGACGCGUUGUCCCUCUUCGUAAAACGUGCUUCUUCGAACACUUCCCAGCCUCGUGUUGACGCUGAAAUUGACGCUUGAACGAGCUCUGCUUGUUACCCCUGAUGUUUCCGUCCCCGAUACAUACUCUCUAGCCCGAUCGCGUCAUGAAAUUGAUUGACGUCAAGGAACACCACCAAGGGUAUACCGUAUGUUGACCGUUACAUGUUCCGGUACAGUACCCCCUCUCUUAUACCCGUAACGUCGUGAGGACGGCUGGAAGUCACCGGUAUUCGGAUGGCUCGCACCGGUCCCUUGUGGGCCAACCUCUCUGUCUGCUUCUUCUUUUCCGUCUGCGCUAUGGGUGCUUUUUAGGUCUGCAAGCAGUCUUCUUAGCUCAAGGUCAUCCAACCUCAACCAUCGUCCUUGUGGCCUACCCCUUUCGCUUUUAAGCAUCAUACUCGAGUACAUUAUACCACUGGCUACGGCGAACAUCAGCUCUUCUGCCCGUAGUGAUACGAAGCGAGUGGUUUUCUCUAUCGUACAAAUACCCAUGCAGGCAUGCAGGCACAGCGGUCGUUUCACAUCAUAUGUUUGGGCGCUGUGCAGCCACCACGCAAAUUCGAAUUAACGUUAUUCCCGCUAUUCGUAACAUUGAAGCAGUGUUAAACAACUUGUUACGAGGUCACUGAGAGUCCAUUAAAUCUCUUGCUUCGAAGGGGUGGCAUCGGAAAGGAAUGAAUAAGCACCCCUUCGAGGAUUAAUAGAUUACUCGAAGUCACGGAUGUUGCUUUCAGCAAUUUUUGUGGCCGUUGCAGAUCCAUCCAUAUCUCACAAGUUUCGCAUGACGAAAACAAAAUGAUGAUCUUCAACAAGUCAAUUUCUUACAUGCUAGCUCUCUCCCCGUUGCUUGUUGGGACCUCAACGGCACAAGGAUGCUUCAAGGGCACAGCUGCAACGGUUACCCAAGCUUGCGUUGACAACAGUGCCAACUGUUGCAAUGGCGCGGAAGCUUGCUCUUGGCCCGACACCUUGGACAUGACUGUGUGCUCAAACAGCUGCAAUGGUGAUGCUGCCUGUAAGAUUACUAGUAGAACUGGUAAAGAUGACCAUGCUAUUUCUGUUGCCAGUGGAAGCUGCAUUGGCAAGAAUGCAUGCUUUGACCUGUCCAGGGGAUACAAUCUCAACCUUGGUGUUGACUCUAGUGUUGCUUCUUUCAGCUGCAUCUCAGAGAGUGCCUGUCAGUACCUGUAUGGCAAUGUUGGAACCAACAGCUGUUUGAAUGGAGAGAAUGCUUGCGGAGGUGUUGGCCAUGGUGUUGGAAAUGACAGCUGCCAUGGGUUCAAUGUCUGCCUGAAUGUCAAAAAUGGAGUUGGCAGCAACACUUGCUUUGGGAGAAAAACCUGCCACUACUCUGUUGGGCCCUUUGGCAAUGGCAGUUGUACUGAUGGUGAAUACUCUUGCCAGAAAGCCACUGGAGAAGUUGCCAACUGUGUUAGGGACUGCUCAAAUAACUAUUGUCCUGUUGAUGAAGGCUCCUACAACCCACAUGAUGGAACCUGUCAAUACUUCAAUUCCGAUCUCUUCUUGAAUGGAGGUGAUGACUCUGUCACUACCACAGUAGAUGGAUGCUUCCAGGGAACAGCUGAUGGAGUUACAAAGGCCUGUUUUGCAGGAAACGCAGAUUGCUGUGAGGGUGACGAAGCAUGUGUUUGGCCAGAUACACUUGAUAUGACUGUUUGUCCUGGCAGUUGCAAUGGUGAUGCAGCAUGCAAGAUUACAAGUAGAACUGACAAAGAUGAUCACUCUGUUGUCAUUAAGGGUGGAAGCUGUCUUGGUGACAGUGCCUGCUAUGACCUCUCCAGAGGAUACAAUCAGCAAAUUGGUGUCAGUAUGCAAGUUAAGAGUGGAAGUUGCCUUUCUGGGGCUGGUGUUGCAGCUUGCCGUGGUGCAUAUGGUGAUAUUGCAAAAAAUAGCUGUGUGGGCAACCGGGCAUGUACUAACCUUGGUGGAGGUGUUGGAAAUGACAGUUGCCAUGGAGAACAGCCUUGUAUCCAUGUAGCGAAUGGUGUUGGGAGCCACAGCUGUUUAGGCCGGAAGACUUGUUUCUAUGCUGAAGGCUCUAUCGGAAAUGGCAGCUGCCCAACAGGAUAUAGCUGCAAUGGAGCAACAGGUGAUAUUGGUGACUGUGUUGCAACCUGUAACAAAGAAGCAUGUCCUGAGGAUGAAGGGAGGUAUGAUGCGCUUACUGGAACUUGUUCUGAUUUGAGCACACCGGCAGCUUUUGCCAAAGGUGACCCACACAUGAAAACCUUUGGAGGAGAAAUGUAUGAUUUCCAUGGAGAGUGUGACCUUGUUCUCCUGCAAAACCCUGAGUUCAAAUCCAAGCUUGGCAUGGACAUUCACAUUCGAACCAAGAUUACAGACUGGUGGUCCUCCAUAGAGACUGCAGCUAUCAAGCUAGGAGACGACACUUUGGAGAUUCGUGCCAGCCCAAACAGUGAUGAGUGGCUCUGGAUCAAUGGCACCCUGUUAGCAGAUAUUCCAGAAGGCCAAUGGGGGCGAGCCAAACUGGCUGGGUUUUUGGUCCGCUACAAGCAAUCCAGUCCAAAAGUCCGUGAAGCCAUCAUCUAUUUGGAAGGGCACAAGGGGAAAAUUGUGUUCAAGACCUUCAGCUCCUUUGUUCGUGUCGAUGUAGACUGGAAGGAUAGUGAGAACUAUGAUGGUUCCAUGGGACUUCUUGGGAGCUAUGACCACGAUGGUGCUCGCAUUGGACGCGGCGGAGAGGCCAUUAAAGAUGUCAUUGAGUUUGGACAGGACUGGCAAGUGCUUGAAACUGAGCCUCAAUUGUUCCAUUCAUAUCAAGGUGCCGUGUUGCCCCCCAAUAAAUGCACGAUGGCGCUUGACGAUGAGGCAAAGGCUGCCCUUCGAGGACGUCGUCUUGCCGAGGGAAUGUCCCAUGCAAAAGCUGAAGCUGCCUGCAACCAUUUGGAGGGUGCUGAUGAGAAGGCAGCUUGCGUCUUUGAUGUGCUUGCCACGCAAGACUUGAACAUGGCCAGUGCUUGGUAGAUUCCCUUCUUUCCGUUUCACUUUAGAAGGGUCCAGAAGAGACGAGAGAGUAUCACGGUUUAGGAACAUGUAACAUUUUCAUAACAUUCAAAUGCAUCUU